AUCAUGGUCGCCGGCUCUCCGCUGCUGAAGUUUAAUUUCCAAUCCCAAAAUUAAUUUCAUAAUCUUUAUCGCAAAAUCUCAAAAAUCUAGGGUUAGGGUUUCUAUUAUCUCUUGAAAUAAUUUCUGGAGAAGCUUCAUUCGUUCAUGGACAGACAUAGAGGAGGAGGAGGAGGAGACAGGUACGGGAAUAGUCCUAACGACUCACAUCCUUACAGACACCCUAGAGGUGGAGGCGGUGGAGGUCCACCACCUUCACGAUCUUCAGAUGAUAUUCCAAUGAAUCGUCACCAUGGAGGUUUCUCUGGAAAUCGUCGUCCUUUUGAUAACAGUCCACCUCGUUAUUCUCUUAGCGGUGGUGGUGGUGGCGGCGGUGGAGGUUUUCACCCGAUGGAUGGCGACGGUGGUUUCCGGCCUUUAGGUGUGCGUGGUGCUAGGAGUUACAACAAUCCUUCUUCAGAGUUCGAGGUACCUCUUUCUGGGCAGAAAAGGUUUAAUCCUGAUUACGAGGUGCCUAUGUCGGGCCAGAAACGUCAAUUUCCUUUUCCUGGCCGAGGAGGGCCUUCUCCAGAUCGAUUUGACGGAGGCAAUUUUGAGAAAAGGAACUUCGAUGGAGAUAAUUUUGAUAAAAGAAAUGUUGAUGGAGGCAAUUUUGACAAAAAACCUGUUGAAGGAGGCAGCUUCGCCAAGCUUUUUGUUGGUUCUGUUCCCAAGACUGCAACAGAAGAAGAUAUUCGACCUGUUUUUGAAGAACAUGGAAAUGUUGUUGAGGUUGCAUUGAUUAAAGACAAGAGAACAGGGCAACAACAAGGACAAACGGUGUUCGCCUCUGCAGGAUGUUGCUUUAUUAAAUAUGCCACAUCAGAAGAUGCUGACAGGGCAAUACGUGCCUUACACAAUCAGUACACAUUGCCAGGGGGAAUGGGUCCCAUCCAGGUCAGAUAUGCUGAUGGGGAGCGUGAACGUUUAGGUGCAGUGGAGUUCAAAUUGUUUGUUGGCUCAUUAAAUAAACAAGCAACAGAGAAAGAAGUUGAACAAAUUUUUUUGCCUUAUGGUCGUGUUGAAGAUGUCUAUCUCAUGCGCGAUGAAAUGAAACAGAGUCGUGGAUGUGGAUUUGUUAAAUACUCAAAUAGAGAUGUGGCAAUGGCAGCUAUUAAUGCUCUUAAUGGAAUUUACACAAUGAGAGGUUGUGAACAGCCAUUAAUUGUUCGAUUUGCCGACCCUAAAAGACCUAGACCUGGGGAAACAAGGGGAACUCCUUCAUUUGGUGGCCCUGGGUUUGGUCCUCGGAUGCAGCCCCCAGGAAUUAGACCACCGAAUCCUGGGGAGGCAGGAAUGCAUGGUAACGCAUGGCAUCCGAUGGGCCCAGGUGAUGUUGGUGGUUUGAACAACCAAAUGGCAGCAGCUAGAUCUGGUGAUGCAAAAGUGUUGCAGCUUUCAUCAUCGCCUUUAAAAAAAGCAUCAAAUCAAUCACCACAGCCUCCAUCAUCCAACACCAUAAGACCAAUUGGUCAACAACAAGUAGUAGCACCACCCAAUUCCAGUGGUCAAACACAUUCACAUGGCCAUGGUUUCAACACAAUGUUACCCCAAAAUCAGUAUCAGGUGCCACCUGUCCACCAGUCAGCUUCACCCCUUGCUCAGAUGCUGACUCAGCAAAAACAAACUUUACAGGCGAGUUACCAGUCAUCUCAACAAGCCUUCUCACAGCUUCAACAGCAACUGCAACUUAUCACACCUCAGCAGAAUCUUCAACCUCCUCCUCCUCCUGCUGCUAGAUUGCAACAGCCUAAUUCUGCUCCGCUCAUGCCAUCCUUGAAAUGUAACUGGACUGAGCACACAUCGCCUGAUGGAUAUAAGUACUACUACAAUAGUACAACUGGCGAAAGCAAGUGGGAGAAACCGGAGGAAUUGGCUUUGUUUGAACAACAACAGAAGCCUCAAGAACAAAAGCAACAACAACAACAACAACAACAACAACAACAGCAAACUCAGUCUCUUUCACACAGUCAAGGUGGUGUUCCACAUCAGCAAACUCCAAGUCUUUCACACAAUCAAGGACAUCAGCAAAUGCAAACUCUCACUCAAGGUGUGCCACAUCAGCAAACUCAGAUUCCACAGUUUCAGAAUCAGAUGCAACUGCAAGCACAGGGGCGACACCCUCAACACUUGCAAAAUCCCACUCACUCUACACCCUAUCAAAAUGCUGGGGUUGCAGGCCAUCAAAAUAUUCAGGGCUUUGGGUAUGGACAAAUGCCAGUGGGUGGUGGUUCCAUGAAUGAUUCUGCACAACGCUUUCAGCAGGGGAUGCAGGGAGGAGGAGGUCAGGACUGGAUGUGGAAAAAUAAAACACCAGGUCCAGGCAGUUAGGCAAUUUGAAGAAAAUUGUUGACUUUUAUAGAUUUAUUUGCUUGUCAUCGAUCUUGUAACAUAACUAUUACCAUUAGGUUGUUUUUUAAAAAAAAAAAAUGAUCUGUUAUGGAUCUUUAUAGAUUUGUAGUGUUUGAGCCGUGAUUGAUUUCUUUAAAUUUUGACGGUGCUUGAAACUUGCAUCAUAAAUCUGGAGACUUUGGGCCGAAAAAAAUGUUUGUCAUCUACCCGGAGUUCUUAAAUCUGUGAAAUAAUUUGGAGA